UUCCCUCGCAUCUCUCUCUCUCUCUCACUCCAUUUCCCCGAGAAAACAAAAUCGCGCAAGCCAAACAUACUGUCGCUAUUUCAAAUAUUUUCAGAUUAUACACAGAGCAAAAACACAACUAGUGUCAAAUGGAUAUCAAACUGCAUGGAUAUUCCUUCACUCACUCUUUUUUAAUUCUUCUUCUCCUCUUCUUGAUUUUGAGCCUCUCUGCUCUUUUUAAUUUUUCUUCUUUUUCAAUCUUCUCUGUUUCUAAUUUUCAGUCUUCAAUCUCAGUUCCUAUCGUCCAGUUGCAGACUCAGGUUUCCGCCUCCGAUCAAAUCCACUAUGUUCAAUCUGCUCCGUCCAGCUACACUUCUCCUAUGAUCAAUCGAUUCAGGAACACUACUGGCAUUAAGAAAAUCUCAAAAGUACAUAGCAGGGAAGAAGAGCUACUGGAACAAGGACUAGCUCGAGCUCGAGCUUCGAUACGCAAGGCAGCUGCUUUAUCAGCUCCAAACGUCUCACCCAUCGGCGGGGUGAACCGAAGGGACGUCGUCGGAGAAGUUGUUUAUCGUAACCGCGCCGCAUUUUAUCAGAGUUAUCUGGAGAUGGAGAGGAGAUUCAAGGUCUACGUGUACUCCGAAGGGAGCCCACCUAUCGUCCAUGAUGGGCCAUGCAAGGACAUAUAUACAAUAGAGGGGAGGUUUAUACACGAGAUGGAACAUGGGUCCAGGAGGUAUAGAACAAGAGAUCCUCAACGUGCCCACGUUUAUUUCAUGCCCUUCAGCGUAGCCUGGAUGGUCAAGUAUCUCUACAAGCCUCUCACAUACGAUCUUACACCGCUACGGCAGUUUGUGGCUGAUUAUGUAAGAGUGAUAUCUAUCAAAUAUCCUUUUUGGAAUAGAACUUGUGGGGCUGAUCACUUCAUGCUUGCUUGUCAUGAUUGGGGUCCCCAUGCAUCCCGGGCCAACCCGCUCCUUUACAACACAUCAAUCCGAGUCCUGUGCAAUGCCAACACUUCUGAAGGUUUCAAUCCCCGAAAGGAUGUAAGCCUCCCUGAAAUUCACCUCUACAGUGGCAACUUUCCACCCCAACUCCUAUCCCCACCACCAGCCAAUACCUCCCGUCCCUACCUUGCCUUCUUUGCCGGUGGUCUUCAUGGCCCAAUCCGUCCCCUCCUCCUCAACCAGUGGAAAGACCGUGACUCUGAUCUUCGUGUCUUCGAAUACCUUCCUAAACACUUGAAUUAUUAUUCAUUCAUGCUCCAAUCCAAGUUUUGUCUAUGUCCAAGCGGCCAUGAAGUAGCAAGCCCUAGAAUUGUUGAGGCCAUUUAUGCUGAAUGCGUGCCUGUGAUUUUGUCGAAAUAUUAUGUUUUGCCAUUUAGCGAUGUUUUAAGAUGGGAGGCGUUUUCAAUACGGGUGAAAGUAUCAGAAAUUCCAAGACUAAAAGAGGUGUUAAGAUCAGUUCCUGAAGAAAAAUACAAGAAGCUUAAGGAGGGUUUAAAAGCUGUUAGAAAGCACUUUGUGUUGAACCAACCUGCUAAGCGAUUUGAUGUUUUUCAUAUGAUAUUGCACUCCAUAUGGCUUAGGAGAAUCAAUUUGAGACCUGGAUAGAUGUACAUAAGAAAGCUAUGUGAUACUACCACUCAUCACAGCUGAGGAGAAAACUGCCAUAUAUGAUCAAAUAUACCUAUCUUUUGGUGUUCA